ACCGGGUACUUAAGCAUAAAAAAUUACAUUCACUUUAAUUUAUCUGAUUCCAAUCAGGCAAUAUAACCUCGGUGGCUUUCAUCAUCCAUCUGGGGGGAAUGAGAAGCUCCCUAGUAAUGAGGGAAGUAUCUCGGAUUCUGGAUUGGACGGAAACCCACAACUGUUCGCUGUCAACAAUCCACAUUCCGACAGAUGGGGAACGCCGGAGAUAGAUCUCAUGGCGUCCCGUCUCAAUACCAAGCUACCCAGAUAUGGGUCGAGGUGCAGGGAUACUCAGGUGGAGCUAAUAGAUGUAUUAGCGGUGCCUUGGAUGUUUAAUCUAAUUUAUUUUUUCCUGCCAUUUCCACUCCUUCCUUGAGUGGUGGCUCAAAUCAUACAGGAGCAGGAGUCAGUGAUACUGAUUGCUCCAUCGUGGCCGUGAAGGAUAUGGUUCGCGGAUCUAGGGAAUGUCCUCAACUCCUCCUUGGAGGUUACCUUGUCGCAGGGAUCUGCUUGAACAAGACCCCUUUCUGCAUCAAAAUCUAGAUUCUCUGAGGCUGACUGCGUGGAGAUUGCACGCUUCGUCUUAUCCAAGAGAGGGCUUUCUGAGAGUGUUAUUGAUACUCUCAUUCAAGCUUGUAAGCCGGUUACUCGUCGCAUCUAUCAUAAGGUAUGGAGGACCUACAUAUUCUGGUGUGUAGAGCGUGGUUUGUCCUGGCACAAAUUAAAGGUUGCCAGGAUUCUUUUUUUUUUCUCCAGGAUGGACUGGAUAAGGGCCUCUCAGCUAGUUCCUUGAAGGGGAAGAUUUUAGCCCUGUCUGUUUUUACUGCUCAAGAGGCUUGCUGAGCUUCCGGAUGUACAGUAUUUUGUUCAGGUUCUGACUAGGAUCAGGCCGUUUGUUUAGAUCUAAUGCUCCUCCUUGGAGUUUGAAUCUUGUUCUUAAAGUUUUGCAACAGGCUCCAUUUGAGCCUAUGGCCUCUAGUUAUCAAAGUCUGGCGGACCUGAUCCGACAGUGCGGAUCAGGUCCGCCAGACUUCGCUGAAUACGGCGAGCAAUAUGCUCACCGUAUUCAGCAUUGCACCAGCAGCUCACAAGAGCUGCUGGUGCAACGCCGCCCCCUGCAGACUCGCGGCCAAUGGGCCGCCAGCAGGGGGAUGUCAAUCAACCCGAUCGUACUCGAUCGGGUUGUAUUGUGGCGAUGUGUGUCCGCAUGCUCAGAGCAGGUCGGACAGGUUAUGGAGCAGCGGUCAGAAACACGGGGCAUGAGGUUGACAUUAGGUAGUUUGCCGUGGAAGGUCUCUUUCUACUAGCUAUUGCUUCUGCGUGCAGAGUCUCUGAGAUUGCUGCCGUACAAUGCGACCCUCUUUAUCUGGUAUUCCAUGCUAAUAAAGCUGGUCUACAAACCAGUUAGGAUUUCUUCCUAAGGUUGUAUCAAAUCGCAACAUCAAUCAAAAACAUUUUGGUUUCUUUCUUAUGUCCUAAAUCCUUCUUCAUCGAAGGAACGUUUACUGCGUAAUCUGGAUGUGGUUUGUGCCUUGAAGUUCCAGCUUCAGGCUACAAAGGAAUUAAUACAAACUUUUUUUCUGUUUGUUAUCUCUGGGGUCAGAGGGUCUCUUCAACUUCCUUAUCUUUUUGGUUGAGGAGUAUCAUCCGCUUAGCAUAUGAGUCAGCGGGUCUUAAGCCUCCUCUGAGGAUUACGGCUCAUUCUACGAGAGCAGUGGCUUCCUCUUGGGCCUUCAAAAAUGAGGCCUCUAUGGAUCAGUUUUGUAGGGCGGCUACCUGGUCCUCCUUACAUACUUUUCCCAAAUUUUACAAGUUUGAUGUUUUUGCUUCUGCUGAAGCAGCCUUCAGGAGAAAAGUUUUGCAGGCUGUGGGGAUCUCCGAUUAGGGGCCUCUCUUUUUACCCUCCUGUUAGCAUUGUGUCCUCUGGAGCUUGGGUAUAAUUUCCCACAAGUAAGGAAUGCAGCUGUGGGCUCUCCCUGUAUUAAGAAGGAAAACGUAAAUUAUGCUUACCAGAUAAUUUCCUUUCCUUCUGUACAGGGAGAGUCCACAGCUCCCGCCCAUGUUUGUGCGGCCCUAAAUUUUAAUUUAAUUUAUUCUUCUGGCACCUUUUUCACACUGAUGUUUCUCCUACUGUUCCUUAUUCCCUCAGCAGAAUGACUUGGGGAUGAGGGAAGUGGGGGGGGGGAGGUAUUUAAGACUUUGGCUGGGGUGUCUUUGCCUCCUCCUGGUGGCCAGGUUCAGUAUUUCCCAAAAGUAAGGAAUGCAGCUGUGGACUCUCCCAGUAUAGAAGGUAAGGAAAUUAUCUGGUAAGUCAUAAUUUAUAUUUUCCCUAUGCUAUCCAAAACUAAAUAAAAUGUUUGGCUAAAGUUUCACUUAAAAAAAGUGCCUGUUCCAACAUGCAUACAAAUUCAUCUUAAAGGGAAAGUCUAGUCCAAAAAAACUUUCAUGAUUCAGAUUGGGCAUGUAAUUUUAAACAAUUUUCCAAUUUACUUUUAUCAUCAAUUUUUCUUUGUUCUCUUGGUAUUCUUAGUUGAAAGCUUAACCUAGAAGGUUCAUAUGCUAAUUUCUUAGACCUUGAAGGCCGCCUCUUAAGAAUGCAUUUUAACAGGUUUUUCACCACUAGAGGGUGUUAGUUCAUGUUUUUCAUAUAGAUAACACUGUGCUCCUGCAUGUGAAGUUACCUGGGAGCCAUCACUGAUUGGCUAAACUGCAAGUCUGUCAAAAGAACUGAAAUAAAGGGGCAGUUUGCAGAGGCUUAGAUACAAGAUAAUCACAGAGGUAAAAAAUAUAUAAAUAUAACUGUUGGUUAUGCAAAACUGGGGAAUGGGUAAAAAAGGGAUUAUCUUUCUUUUUAAACAAUAACAAUUCUGGUGUAGACUGUCCCUUUAAGAACAAACCUACAGAACCUAUCUUGUUCGUAACUUGGGGACUGGCUGUACUUAUUUCAAUAUACUAUCAUAUCUAUAUACUAUAUAUGGACUAAGGAAAUUAAAUGAAGUCCUGUUUGCUUCAAUAUAUCAUUUUAUAUUUAGGGUAAUUGGUGAGCAUAUUGAUGAUGUGUGUGUGUAUAUAUGAAGAGAUAUCUUGUGUUGCAAUACUGGAUCUACUAUGAGUCUAGGUGGUUGAUACAAUAUCUAUGAAUGAGGUGGUAUAACAGCACGAUUGGCAUUUAUUUCUCAGGUCACCUAGUAACCAACAGUGUGUUCCAUUGCAGAUUUUGUGAUUGGACAAAACCUCUGUUACAUCUCUUCGGGUGAUGAUCUGUUGAGUGGCGUACAAGGGGUUUAAAUAUUUGGUGUUUUGUUGAUUUAGAAGUCAUCUUUGAUAAAGCUAAGGUGAAAUGCGGCAGAUGACCCUGAAGGGUCAGAGGAUUUGCUACUGAAAAGAGAUGCUCCUUGCAAAGACAGCCCAUGAGGUUUUGUUAAGAAUUUUCCUCUUCCCUGCCGGCUCGGGGGGAUCUCCACGUCCAGCUUCUUCUGAAGUAUUGACCCAGCAUCUCCUGCAGCGUAACUUACCACACUGGACCUCAUAUUGUGUUAAAUACAGUGCUGUCACCAAUGACCAGUUUGCUCUGUCCAACUUUAACUGGGAGGUGCGCGGCAGAAAUUACCACAUCCUGCGAACGGGCUGCUUCCCGUUCAUUAAAUAUCAUUGUACUCGUGCUGCCCCCCAGGACCUUAAGCUUCAUAACCACCUUUUCACCGCACUCAAAGCCAUAAAUCUAGGCAUCCCCACCUUAAUGUAUGGCCUGGGAUCUUGGCUAUUUGCCCGAGUUAAUGAAACUGUCCCUACAAGCUGUGGCCCGGUGACAAUAUACUUCUUAAUAAAGGAGGAUGAAGGAGCUAUGUUCUGAAAAUAUAUAAUGUAUCCUCUUUUUUUUAUUAUAUGCCAUUGUCAUAUCCUUUAUAGCUCACACAUUUUAUCACAGUUUGCCUACUGAUCAGUAUUUAAUCUUUUUUAAUUUAUGUGUAUAGCAACAGUUUUGAAUAUUUAUUAGCUUAUAUGUAAUAUAAAGACACUGCAGACAUUCAAUAAGUCA